GGCUUUGGAAAGUAAUGCUGUCAAGAUCACUGAUCCAUACACAUUUGCCACAGCACCGCUUAACGUUGACAUCACUGAUAUUACUGGAAAUUCAAUGACCCUUACGUGGUGCAAACCAAUGAGUGACGGAGGCACUCCCAUCACUGGCUAUGUAAUAGAGCGUCGGGAGAAGAUGGGUAUGCACUGGAUCCGUGUCAAUCGAGAUCAAGUCACUGAAUGCACCACAGUGGCAACCAAACUGCGCAAGGGUUGUGAGUAUGAUUUCAGGGUCUAUGCUGAAAAUGCUGCCGGUCUGAGCCCUCCAAGUGAAACCUCUGCCUUAUGUAGAGCGGUUGAUCCUCUGGCAGUUCCUGUUCCUCCAUCCAAGCCAAAGAUAGUGAAUUCAACAAAGGAAAGUGUUUCCAUUGGAUGGAAACCACCUACUGAUAAUGGAGGUGCUCCCGUCCUUGGAUACAGUGUAGAAUACAGGGACUACAUUCCCAAACAAAAAACAGUGGUGGCAGAGGAUGAAGAGGAAUAUGAGGGAGAGGAAGAGGAGUCACCCGAAGAACUGCAGAGAUGGGUGCAGGCCAUUGCACUGACCAAAAGCUUGGAGUUCACAAUUACUGGACUAAAACCUGAUAUGGUCUAUGAAUUCUGCGUCAAAGCAGUAAACAAAGUUGGAAGCAGUGAGCGCAGCCGCUAUUCCGAUGCAGCUGCGGCAGUGGAAAGAACUGUCGAGCCAGCAUUCAAUGUGGACAUCGAGAUGCGCAAAGUCCUUGUGGUUCAGAACGGCACAGCGUUUACCCUCAAUGUUUCAUUCAAAGGAAAACCUGUUCCCUCAGUGGAAUGGGCCAAAGAAGGCAGCGAUCUCAAGGCGAGAGGAACAAUUGAUUCAACAAACUCCAGCACUUCACUGACCAUUGAAAAGUCAACGAGAAAUGAUUCGGGAGAAUACUGUGUCAGUAUUGAAUCAUCACUAGGAAAAGCAACAUUACCCAUCGUUGUCAAGGUGCUCGACUCUCCCGGACCCCCAGUCAAUGUCAAAGUUUCAGCAGUAACCAGGGAGUCAGCAACCCUCACUUGGGAAGCCCCGGAGAAUGAUGGUGGAGAUGCAGUGAAGGCUUAUCAUGUUGAAAAGCGCGAGGCCAGUAAAAAGGCCUGGGUUUCUGUGACAAGUAACUGCCACGCAUUGAUGUAUAAAGUAGAAGCCCUGCUUGAAGGAGCCAUCUACUACUUCAGAGUUAUCGGAGAGAACGAAUAUGGCGUGGGCGUACCACAAGAGGCUAAGGCUGGCACCAAGAUUACAGAGGUGCCAAGUGUCCCCAUGAAACUGGGAGUUGCAAAUGUCACCAAAGACAGCGUUACAAUUUGCUGGACCCGACCCGAGUACGACGGUGGGAGUAGAGUGAAGGGUUACCUCGUUGAUGCUCUGGAGAAGGGACAGACAAAUUGGGUCAAGUGUGCCACAGUGAGGGCCAUGAGCCAUACCAUAAAAAGCCUGAGGGAAGGCACAGAGUACUUCUUCAGAGUGCGAGCUGAGAACCAUGCUGGACUAAGUGAACCAAAAGAGAUGAUUGUACCAGUUCUCGUCAAGGAACUUCAAGAGGCUCCAGAGUUUGAUCUGAAAAAUUACCCCAAGAAUACUGUUUACGUAAGAGCUGGAGCCAACCUUACCUUUGACAUUCCAAUGACUGGGAAGCCAAUGCCUAACGUGACUUUGUCUAAGAAUAAUGUCGCCAUCAAGGGAUCCAAAAGACUAUUGACUGAAGUCACUCCUGACAGCUUAACAUUCACCCUGAAUGAAAGCAUGACAAGUGACGCUGGAAAAUAUGAAGUAACUGCCUCGAACCUUGGUGGCGCCACCAAGAUCUUCAUGAACGUCAUUGUACUAGAUAAACCUGGACCCCCUGUUGGACCUGUGGAGAUAGGAGAGGUUGGAGAGACCACAGCAUACCUGAAAUGGGCCCCUCCAGAAUACGAUGGUGGAAGUCCCGUUACCAAUUAUCUCGUCCUGAGACGGGAAACUAGCACACCUACUUGGACAGAGAUGUCAAGUAACAUUGCCAGAAGUGAAUUCAAGGCAACAAAGCUGACCAAGGGGGAGGAAUAUCAGUUCAGAAUUAAGGCUCAGAAUCGCUAUGGUGUCAGUGACCACAUUGACAGCAAGCCAGUCAUGAUCAAGCUUCCAUUCACCUUCCCUGGGCCUCCAUCCACACCUUGGGUUAGUUUCGUAUGUAGAGAUAACCUAACAGUCUGCUGGAACGAACCGGUCAACGACGGUGGGAAUCCCGUGAUUGGAUAUCAUCUGCAGAUGAAGGAAAGGAGCAGUAUUCUCUGGCAAAAGAUUAAUAAAAUGGCAGUACCAGGAAACCAGUUACGGGUCACCAACAUCUGCCCGGGUCUCAUCUACGAGUUCAAGGUGGCGGCUGAAAAUGCUGCCGGUAUUGGAAAGAUGAGCAAGAUAUCUGAAGAGGUGCUGGCUAUUGACGCGUGUGAGCCUCCCGCUAAUGUCCAUGUCACUGAAGUCACAAAGAACUCAGUCAGCCUGUCCUGGCAGAGGCCACCAUAUGAUGGUGGCAGUAAGAUCACUGGCUACAGUGUGGAGAGAAGGGAAGCAGCCAGUGGCAGAUGGGUGAAGGCUAAUUUCUCAAAUAUCCCUGAGAUGGACUUCACAGUGUCUGGCCUGAACCAGAAUGAAUCUUAUGAAUUCAGGGUGUAUGCAAAGAAUGCUCUUGGCUCUGUCAGUAACCCUUCUCUUAUUGCCGGCCCAGUAACUUGUAUUGAUGCAUGUGGUGCUCCAGCCCUUGACGUCCCUCCAGAGUAUUUGGAUGUGGUUCAGUACAAAGCCGGAACUUCCGUUAAAAUCAGAGUCAGAAUCAUCGCAAAACCUCAGCCAAGCAUAGAGUGGCUGAAGAAUGGAAAGGAGCUUGUGGCUUCUUCUUCCUUGUGCGUGGAAAGCACAACCGACUCGUCGGCCGUCGUGAUCAAGGAUGCGACCCGCAAGCACACUGGCUCGUAUCAGGUCAAGAUCAAGAAUAUCCUGGGCUCUGCAACUGCCACGAUCGCAGUUGAAAUCCUUGACAAACCUGGACCCCCAGCUGGUAGCAUAAAUUUUACCCUCAUUACAGCAGACAGAAUCACCUUCCGCUGGGAACCUGUGAGUGAGGCUGACCUCGGAGGUUCACAGGUGACACACUACAUUGUCGAGAGGCGUGAAACCAGCAGAGUGGUUUGGUCCACUAUCUCAGAGAGCCAUGAACAGACAUACAUCUCUGUCGGAAAACUGGUGCGAGGAAAUGAAUAUGUGUUCCGCGUGAUGGCUGUUAACAAGUAUGGCAUUGGUGUGCCACUGGAGUCAGAGGCUGUUGUUGCAAAGAAUGCUUUUGUAACUCCGGGGCAGCCACAUACUCCUGAGGUGAACACCAUCACCAAGACUACUAUGGUGGUAGAAUGGGAAGGUCCGGGUAUAGAUGGGGGUAGCACAGUUACUGGCUACUACCUGGAGAGACGUGACAAGAAGAGUUUGCGCUGGAUCCGAGUUUGCAAGGAUCCUAUUCCUGACAACAAACAGACUGUCUACCACCUAACUGAAGGAAAUGAUUACCAGUAUCGUGUCUGUGCCAUUAACAAGGCCGGGGAAGGACCCUUCUCAGAUGUAUCUGACUUCUAUAAGGCUGCUGAUCCAAUUGAUCCACCAGAUGAGCCUUGCAAGCUGAAGGUGAUGGAUUCCACAAAGACCUCUAUCACAUUGGGAUGGUCCAAGCCAGAAUGGGAUGGAGGCAGUGAGGUGACCAGCUACAUGGUGGAGAAACUCAACGAGGGAGAGGAAGAUUGGGCAAUGGUUACUUCAAAGGGAGAGGUCAAGUUGACAGAGUACACUGUACAUGACUUAAAGCCAGACGUGAACUACUUCUUUCGAGUUUCUGCUGUCAACUGCGUAGGCCUUGGUGAACCCUUGCAGAUGACUGAACCCGUACAGGCUAAAGAUAUCCUAGAGGAAGCACAGAUUGACUCCGAUGUGGCCACAAGAACUCAUUAUAUUGUGAAAGCCGGCAAGGACGUGGAGCUCUCUGUUCCGCUGAAGGGUCGACCAUCUCCCUGUGCUUCCUGGAGCAAAGGAGAUGUAUGCAUUGACAACAACCCCUCUUUUGAGUUCCACCAUUCAGAUACAACCACAGUCCUCAUUAUGCGUGAAGUAACCAAGCUUGACACUGGAAAAUAUACAGUCAAGAUUGAGAACGGUGUGGGAGAGCCCAAGACAUUAACCUUGUCGGUAAAGGUCCAGGACUCUCCAUCUCAGUGCAGGAACCUGACAUUGAAAGAAGUAACCAGCGGGAAAGUAACUCUUUGCUGGGAGAGCCCACUCCUCGAUGGUGGCGCUGAAAUCACCAACUACAUUAUUGAGAAGAGAGACUCUUCAAAGAGAUCGUACUCUACAGUAACAAGCAAAUGCACUGACACAAUCUACACAAUUGAAGAUCUCUCUGAAAAGACAUCCUACUUCUUCCGUCUUCUAGCAGAGAAUGAGAAUGGUGUUGGUGAACCAUGCGAAACACUCGAACCAGUGAAGGCUACACAGACCCCUGGACCAGUCAAAGACGUUUCGAUGAAGGAUUCCUCUAAGUCUUCUGUUAGUCUGCAGUGGCUAAAGCCUGAUUAUGAUGGCGGAAGUAUCAUCUCCGACUACAUCAUUGAAAAGAAAACUUCAGAUGAGGAAUGGACACUGGGAGGAACGAGCCGAUACUGUGAAUUUGAGGUAAAAAAACUAAAGGAGCACUCUGAUAUGUUCUUCAGAGUAGCUGCUCGAAAUGAGAAGGGCCAGGGGGAUUUUGUGAAGAUAGGGCCAAUCAAAGUAAUCGACUACGUAAUUACGCCUGAAGCAAGCCUUGCAGACUAUCCAGACGGAAGAAUUUGUGUUCGCUUAGGUCAUAAUGUCCACAUUGAGCUGCCAUACAAAGGUAAACCCAAACCAACGGUCUUUUGGCUGAAGGAUAACCUUCCCUUGAAGGAAAGCAAUGAAAUACGCUUCAAGAAGACAGAGAACAAAGCCACACUCAUGAUAAAGAAUGUGAAGAAAGAGAAUGAGGGUAAAUUCACACUCACUCUUGACAACAAAAUCAACAGAAAGUCUUUCCAUAUCCACGUCAUUACCCUCGGACCCCCAUCAAAGCCCCUUGGACCCAUCCGCCUUGAUGAAGUAAGAGCAGAAAGCGUCACGAUCUCCUGGGAUGAGCCCCAGGAUGACGGAGGUGGAGAAAUCAACUGCUACAGUGUAGAGAAGCGCGACACUUCUCAGCCUGACUGGAAGAUGGCUUGUUCCAGUGUGGAAGGAACUCAAUUCAAAGUGCCUAACCUUAUCAAGGGUGUCCAAUAUCAGUUCAGAGUGUGUGCUGAGAACAGGUAUGGUGUCAGUGAACCCCUCGUCUCACAAACGGUAAUUGCCAAGCACCAGUUCAGGCCCCCAGGUCCGCCAGGCAAGCCUGUUGUGUACAACAUCACUAACGAUGGCAUGACUAUCCAGUGGGAGAAGCCCAUCUAUGACGGUGGUACCCCCAUCCAGGGAUUCCAUGUGGAGAAGAGGGAAAAGAACAGCUUUAUGUGGCAGAAGGUGAACAUGGCGCUCAUCAGAGAAACUGAGUACAGGAUCUCGGAUCUCAUUGAAGGCCUCGAGUACUCGUUCAGAGUCUAUGCACAGAAUGAUGCUGGCUGCAGCCGGAUGAGUGAUGAGAGUAAGCCCACUAUGGCUGUCAGUCCUGUUGAUCCUCCUGGCCAACCCGACUACACUGACGUGACUAGUGACUCAAUCACGCUAAAAUGGGACGCACCCAAACGUGAUGGAGGUAGCAAGAUUACUGGCUACAAUAUUGAGAAACGACAGAGACAAGGCCGUUGGUUCAAGGCCAACUUGAAUGAUGUUCAUGACUGCCAGUACACUGUGACUGGUUUGACAAUGAACGAGCGCUAUGAGUUCAGGGUGAUUGCUCGAAAUGCCAUUGGUGUCGUCAGCCCUCCGUCCAACUCAUCUGGUUUGAUUGUGGUCAGGAGCGAGAAUGCUGCUCCUCACAUUGAAUUUGGCCCAGAGUAUUUUGAGGGUUUGACUGUUAAAGCGGGUGACAACAUCAAGGUGAAAGUGGCCAUUACAGGACGGCCUGUUCCUAAGGUGCUCUGGUACCGAGAUGGUGUAGAAAUCACCAAAAGGAUGCUGGAUAUUAUCACUAUUGCUGGAUGCAGCACCCUUUUCAUCAGAGAUGCUGACCGCAGUCACCGUGGUCUCUACACCGUUGAAGCGACCAAUGGAUCUGGCGUAAAAAAGGAGGAUCUCUUGGUUCAAGUCCAAGACACUCCUGGAGAACCAGUAGGACCCAUCACAUUUAGCAACAUCUCAGAGGGCAGAUGUACUCUGUCCUGGAAUCCGCCAGAGAACGAUGGCUGCUCAGAAAUUACACAUUACAUCAUUGAGAAACGUGAAACAUCCAAGAUCUCUUGGGCAUUAGUGUCUGAAAACUGUCGAGAGUGCACUUUUAGUGCAACCAAACUCAUUAAGAUCAAUGAGUACCAGUUCAGGGUCUCAGCUGUCAACAGAUUUGGUGUUGGAAGACCAUUAGAAUCCUGCCCUAUUAUUGCACAGCUGCAAUACACUACCCCGAAUUCUCCAGGCACUCCAGAUGCCACUGAGAUCACAGGAGAAAGCAUAACUUUGGCAUGGACUCCUCCAACAUUUGAUGGCGGAAACCCCAUUCAUUUCUAUAUUCUGGAAAAACGAGAGAAAAAGACUGUCCGAUUCUACAAGGUGCUUUCAAAGAAACCCAUCACUGAAUGUGCUCACAAGGUUAUUAAUCUCACAGAAGAUAUGGAGUAUGAGUUCCGGGUUAUGGCUGUGAAUGAUGCUGGUGUUGGAGCUCCCAGCAAUAUCUCCCUGCCCAUAAAAGCUGUUGAGCCUAAGGAUAUCCCAUGUGCCCCAUCUGUGGUCUGUGUGUCAGACUCCACUGGUGACUCCAUUAGUCUAGAAUGGACCAAGCCUGCAGAUGAUGGCGGUUCUGAUAUUCUGGGCUACAUCGUCGAGAUGGUUAAGAACGAUGAAACAGACUGGAACAGAGUAAAUACUGAGCUGGUGCCAGAAACAGAGUAUAAGGUGACUGGUCUACAUACUGGGGUUGAGUACAAAUUCCGCGUUGCAGCCGUAAAUCAAGUCGGAAGAGGCGAAGACAUGGCAACUCUAGAACCGGCUCAGGCCAUUGAUAGACUCACACCACCAGAGGUGGAUAUUGAUGCCACCUUCAAGCAAAUGCAUAUUGUCAAAGCUGGCGGUUCAGUGAAGCUAAGUGUCCAAUUCAGGGGGAAGCCCGUCCCAGUUGCGACUUGGCUGAGAGAAGAAGGGGAAGGAGAACUAAGUGCGAUGUCAGAGGUCACAACUGCAGAGGGCAUUAGUACUCUGCAUAUUGAAAAUUGCUCAAGAAAUGAUUCGGGAAAAUACACUGUCAACCUACAGAACAGCAGUGGUAGCGAGGCCAUCAUUUUCACUGUGAAAGUCAUGGACACUCCUGGGGCUCCUCAGGCUUUAGCCUUUCAAGAGGUGUCCAGAGGUUCAGUCACACUUGCAUGGGACCCUCCAAUUAAUGAUGGUGGUGCACGAAUCCAUCACUAUAUUGUCGAGAGGCGAGAGGCAACCCGUCGCACCUGGCAGCAGUCUGGGGGUAAAUGCACUCAGAAUAUAAUGAAGAUCCAGGACCUCCUUGAGGGAGUGCCAUACUUCUUCAGGGUCUCUGCAGAAAACCAGUACGGUGUUGGUGAGGUGCUUGAGAUAACGGAGCCUGUUAUUGCUACCGCCGAGCCAGGACCACCAAAGAGAAUGGACAUUGUGGACACAACAGACAGCUCAGUUUCAUUGAGUUGGCUGAAGCCAGAGUAUGAUGGUGGAAGCCGUAUCCAGUGUUAUGUCAUUGAGGCCAGGCCAAAAGGCACAGACAAGUGGGUCGUGGUUGGCAAUACCAAGAACCUCUCCUACACGGUCGAAAAGCUCAACAAAGGAGAUGAAUAUCACUUCCGUGUGAAAGCUAAGAAUGAAUCUGGCCUCAGCAGACCUAGGGAAAUUCCAGCCCCAGUGUUGGUCAAAGAACCUCAUAUUGAACCGGCAGCUGAUCUUAGUGAGAUCACAAAUCAGCUGAUCACAUGCAGAUCAGGUAGCACGUUCACAAUUGAUGUUCCCAUCAGUGGGAGACCUGCUCCCAAGGUAACUUGGAGGCUGGAGGAGAUGAGGCUGAAGAACUCUGAACGGGUUUCCAUUAAAGUAACUAAAGACAGAGCAAUCAUAUCAGUCAAGGAUGCCAUGAGGGGCGAUGGUGGGAAAUACCACCUGACCCUGGAAAAUGUCGCCGGAUCCAAGACCUUCACUAUCGAUGUAAAUGUUACAGGUAGACCCAGUCCUCCAAAGGGGCCUGUUGAAAUCUCAAAUAUCACCUCAGAAUCUUGUGUUGUCAACUGGGAUGCGCCAGAAGACGAUGGCGGCACUGACAUUACCAACUACAUCGUGGAGAAGCGUGAAUCUGGUUCCACUGCAUGGCAGCUGAUCAACUCCAGUGUGAAACACACAUCUCUUCAUGUGAGUCAUCUGACCAAGUACAUGCAGUACACCUUCAGGGUCUCUGCCGAGAACAGAUUUGGUGUGAGCAAGCCGGCUGAGUCAGAGACUAUCGUUGCCGAGCAUUCUUACACACCACCUGGACCCCCAACAAGGCCAUUGGUCUUUAAUAUCUCUGCCAACACAAUGACCUUGAAAUGGGAGGAGCCCUAUCAUGACGGAGGCAGCAAGGUGACAGGUUACUGGAUUGAAAAGAAGGAGAGAAAUAAUAUUCUCUGGGUAAGAGAGAACAAGAUCCCUUGCUUUGAGUGCUUUUACAAGGUGGACGACCUUGUUGAAAGUCUGGAGUAUCAGUUCCGGGUUUAUGCCAUGAACAGCGCUGGUCUGAGCAAAGCCAGUGAAGCCUCCAAAGGAGCAAUUGCCCAAAACCCUGUUGAUCCACCAGGUAAGCCAGAAGUGACAAAGGUAACCAGGACCACCGUGUCGCUCAAAUGGUUGACUCCACUGAAUGACGGUGGAAGUCCAAUCGUGGGUUACAUUAUUGAACGCAAACCAUACACUUUGACUGGGGAGGGCCGCUGGCUGAAAUGUAACUACACGAAUGUUGUGGACAAUUUCUACACUGUUACCGCCCUGGGAGAAGGCGAACCCUACGAGUUCAGAGUCAUUGCCAAGAAUGCAAACCAGGUCUUCAGCACCCCGUCUGAGUCCACGGGCUCCGUGCAGUGCAAAAUUGACUUCGAACCUCCAAAGGCUCAGUUGGACAGCAAGCUCUUAUCUGAAGUUGUUAUGGUGAGAGCUGGGUCAGAUCUAGUUCUCGACGCUGCGGUGGGUGGCAGGCCUGACCCCAAAGCUUCCUGGUCUAAGGGCAACAGGGAACUGGAGUUAUGUGACAAGUACCACCUGCAAUAUACAUCCAACCGAGCAAUGGCCAUCAUCAAGUUCUGUGACCGAGAUGAUACUGGAAAGUACAUUCUCACUGUUCGGAAUGUGAGUGGAACCAAGACUGCCGAGGUCAAUGUCAAAGUACUUGACACUCCAGGAGUCUGUGAAGGCAGCAUCGAGAUCAGCAGGAUAACUGAGGAAUCAUGCACUCUGAGCUGGAAACCUCCUCUAGAGGAUGGUGGUGAUGAGGUAUCUCACUACCUCGUGGAGAGAAGAGACACCAACAGACUUAACUGGGUUUUCAUGCAUGCCGAGUGCAAAGACCUGAUCUGCAACAUCACCGGUCUGUUAAAGAACACAGAGUACUUGUUCAGAGUCAGGGGAGUCAACAAGUAUGGCGCUGGAAUACCCCUUCUCUCAGAGGCCAUGGUUGCCAGAAAUACUUUCACUGUGCCAACUCCACCGGGUGCACCUGAGAUCCUGGUGUCUGGAAAGGACUUUGCAACCAUUGAAUGGCUGAAGCCCGAGAGCGAUGGCGGAAGUCCGUUGAUCCACUAUCUGGUUGAGAGGCGGGAGAAGAAGAGUGCCCGGUGGGUGAAGGUGAACAGGAGCGGGGCACACCUCGACACAAUGCUGAAGGUGUCUGGUUUGGCUGAAGGCAGCAUAUACCAGUUCAGGGUGACUGCCAUCAACAAGGCUGGGGAGAGUGAACCCAGUGAAGUUUCUCUGUAUGUUGUCUGCAGAGUACCAACAUGCACCCCCUCACCUCCCUCUGUACCUCGUAUCACUGACACCCACGCUGACAGCAUUAGCUUAGCUUGGUCUCGCCCUGUGGAGGAUGGAGGUGCUGAUGUGCUGGGCUACAUACUGGAAAUGCAGGAAGUUGGAAAAGAGGAGUGGACAAAGGCCCAUGAGAAGACAUUGCGUACUUCCGAACACAUGGUGACUGGACUUUGUUCAGGCAAAAAGUAUUGCUUCAGAGUGGCUGGCAUCAACAUCAAUGGCACCGGAGACUUCAGUGAGCGGUGUACUGAGACAGAGCCAGUGGAGAGAAUUGAAACUCCUGACUUUGAGCUCCACGAUGACCUGAAGAAGACCAUCUGCCUGCGUGCUGGCGGUUGCCUCCGCCUCUUCGUAAAUAUCACAGGCCGUCCUGCUCCAACAAUUGCUUGGAGCAAGCCAGGUGUCAACCUCAACAACCGAGGCUUCAUAGAGGUCACCCAUAAGUCAACCACACUCAUCAUUGAUAAGGUCCACCGAUAUGAUGCUGGAAAAUACACGAUUGUGGCUGAGAACUCUGCUGGGAAACAAGAAGUCUCUCUUCUGGUCAAAGUCUAUGACACCCCGGGACCAACAGGACCAAUCAAGAUCAAGGAACUGACCAAAGAAUAUGCUAUCAUCUCAUGGGAAGGCCCAACUGUGGACGGUGGCGCUCCUGUCAAUAAUUAUAUUGUUGAGCGGCGUGAGGCCUCCAUGAGAGCCUACAAAACUGUUACUUCCAAGUGUAGCAAGACAUCCUUCAAGAUUGAUGGACUGAUGGAGGGUAUGCUGUACUACUUCAGAGUCCUACCCGAAAACAUUUAUGGGGUCGGCGAGCCUUGCGAGACAGCGGAUGUCAUCCUGGUUUGCGAGGUGCCUCACCCACCGCGUAAACUGGAGGUGGUUGACAUCACCAAGACUACCGUUUCGUUGAGCUGGGAGAAGCCUGAGCACGAUGGAGGAAGUCGACUGAUCGGUUACGUUGUUGAGGCCUGCAAGUUCGGUACUGAGAAAUGGAUGAAGGUGGCCUCGCUCAAGCUAACCGACUUUGAGCACACUAUUGAGAAGCUGAAUGAGAAGGAACAGUACUUGUUCAGAAUCAAAGCCAUCAACAGUCGAGGUGCCAGUGAAGCAAAGGAGCUUGUUACACCUGUGACUGUACAAGAACAAAGAGUGAUGCCUGCAGUGGAUUUCACCAACAUUCCCCAGAAAGCUGUUAAUGUUGAGGCCGGUAAGACCCUGGAGCUUGAUAUGCCAAUAAUUGGCAGGCCUCCCCCGUCCUGCUGCUGGUUCUUUGGUGACAAUAGGAUAAAAAUCACAGAUCGUGUCAAGAUCCAGAGCACUGGCAAGUUUUCCAAACUAACUAUGUCUGACACAACUAUUGAUGACACUGGCAACUACACCCUGGAGGUGAAGAACACUGUUGGUGUCACCACCGAGGUCAUCAAGGUUGUCAUUCUCUCCAAACCUGAUGAACCAAAAGGACCAAUAAGAUUUGAUGAGAUUGAUGCCACCACAGUUACAUGUAGCUGGGAUCCUCCUCCAAGGGAUGGUGGCGCUCCCAUAAGUGGAUAUGUGGUGGAGCAACGAGAUGCCCACAGACCAGGCUGGGUGCCGGUUUGUGACUCGGUCAGCCGACCCACUUUCAAAUUUGAGAACCUGAUUGAGGGAGAUGAAUAUGUCUUCCGUGCUGCCGCUGUGAAUCGCUACGGCACUGGAGAAUUCUUGCAGUCUGAGAUUGUCACUUGCAGGAGCUUGAAAAAUGUGUCUGGAUGCCCUGGACGACCGACCAUUCUCGAUGUUUCACGUGAUGGAAUGACUGUAGCCUGGAACCCACCAGAAGAGGAUGGUGGGUUGGAAGUCUCUGGUUACAUCAUUGAGCGUAAAGAAGUCAGGUCUGACAGAUGGGUGCGUGCCAACAAGAAUCCCAUCACCAUGACUAGAUACCGCUCAACAGAGCUUAUUGAAGGCCUGGAGUACGAGCACAGAAUCAUCGCUAUCAAUGCCCGUGGAAUAAGUAAACCAAGUCUGCCUUCUAAACCAGCUGUGGCAUCAGACCCCAUAGAUCCACCCGGUUGCCCACAGAACCCUCGCAUCACGGAAACUACAAAGUCAUCCGUAUCACUGGCUUGGAGUCCGCCUGAUGAUGAGGGAGAUGCGAGAGUGGACGGGUACCUAAUUGAGAUGCAGAAGGUGGGGACUAUGGCUUGGCUCAAAUGCAACACCACGCCCUCUCUGAUCUGCGAAUAUACACUGACCAACAUGCUACAAGGAGAGGAGUUCAAAUUCCGAAUACUGGCCUGCAAUGUGGGAGGUUCUGGAGAACCCGCUGAAGUUCCUGGAACUGUCACCAUCAGAGAAAUGUUUGAACCUCCUGAUUAUGAACUUGAGCUGAAAUACAAAGAAGUCCAUGUGGUCCGUCACGGCGGAGUGGUCCGUCUCUCUCUCCCUAUCAAGGGUAAACCUCAACCUACUUGUUCAUGGUUCAAGGACGGCGGGACAGUGUCAACUAAGGCCAUGGUUGCUCACACUGAAGACACCAGUGAACUGGUAAUCAAAGGAGCGGAGAGGAGUGACUCUGGUGUGUAUGAGCUCCUUCUUGAAAAUAAAGUCGGGAAGAAGAAGGUCCAAAUCAAGGUUAAUGUCAUCGGCCGUCCAAGUGCUCCAGAAGGACCUUUAGUAUUUGAAGAAAUCCAGGCCAACUCCGUUAAGGUAUCCUGGAAGGUGCCCACCGAUAACGGCGGUACAGAGAUCCUCGGUUACAUUGUUGAAAGAAGAGAGGUUACCAGAAAUGCUUGGUACACUGUGGACAGCAAGGUAACUGAUAAUCAGUUGGUUGUCAGGGGCCUAAACGAAGGAACCGAAUAUCACUUUAAGGUAACCGCGGAGAACUCGUUUGGUAUCGGUCCAUCGCUGAAGUCAGAGCAGCCGCUGUUGCCCAAGACUCCGCUUUGUCCACCAGAGCCUUCCAGUGCACCACCGGAGAUCAUGGAUGUCACCAAAAACUCUGUGGCACUGGGCUGGUACAGACCAAAAGAUGAUGGGGGUUCCACCAUCACAGGUUACUUUAUUGAGUACAAGGAGGUGUCCACUGAGCAAUGGUCUCGUCACCCCACCAAGAUUAUGUCCACCAUGUUUACUCAGUCUGGACUCACAGCAGAUGCCAACUAUCACUUCCGAAUUGUUGCUGUCAAUGACGUUGGCGAGAGUGAGGCUGGACCUGUGUCUGACCCAGUCAUAUGUAAAGAUCCAUUCGAUAAGCCGAGCCAGCCAGGUGAAAUUGAUACAACAAAUGUAACUAAUAAGUUGAUCACCAUUUCCUGGCAAGCACCAGAGUGUGAUGGUGGUAAAGUAGUCCAGGGUUAUUGGGUGGAAUACAGGAAGUCCACUGAAAGCAGCUGGAAGAAAUGCAACAAACAGAGGGUAAAAGAACUAGAGUUCACCAUGGUUGGUCUGGCUGAAGCUACUGAGUAUGAGUUCAGAGUAUUUGCUGAAAAUGAGACCGGAAUAAGCAGACCUCGUCGGACUGCCACUUGCAUCAAGACGAAACUGGGUGUUGAAACGAAACCAAGUCUUAGAAAAGAAAUUGAUGAGGUAACAGAAAAACUGGGACAGCCUGCUGUAAUGAAGUGCCAGAUUAUUGGCAGACCUGUUCCUGAGAUCAGGUGGUACCACGCAGGGAGGGAGAUUGUGGAGUCCCGCAAAUACGAGAUGACCUCCGAUGGCCGUAACCACUCCCUUUCCAUCAUGACUGACCAACAAGAGGAUGAGGGAGCAUACACCUGUAAAGCUACCAAUGAUGCUGGCGAAGCAGAAACCACAGGCAUUCUCGUACUGGAAGCUGCGCCAUCCUUCCAUUCAGACUACCCAUUGAAGAACACCUACUAUGCUGGUCUGGGAACAACCCUCCGAAUCCAUGCUCCGUACAUUGGCCGUCCUGUACCAAAGAUUAUGUGGCUCCAAGAAGCAAAGACCCUGGAGACAUCGGAGGACAUCAGUAUUGAGACCACCGAGUAUUAUUCGCACCUGAUUAUCAAAAAUGUCCAGCGCAGAAUCCAUGGAGGAAAAUACAGGAUCCGACUGCACAACCACUUUGGCAGGGUAGAUGCCGCAUUCAAAGUUGAAAUCUAUGACAAACCUGACAUGCCUCAGGGUCCCAUCGUGAUGGAGGCGCUCCUUAAGAAUUCUGUCAUCAUCAGCUGGAAGCCUCCCAAGGACGAUGGAGGCUGCAUGAUUACCAACUACAUCGUGGAGAAGAGGGAGGACAACCAAGAAAGCGAGUGGGAAUUGGUGUCAUCAUCCAUUCACGGUACAUCUUGCCGUGUGCCCAACCUCACUGACAGCGCUGGAUACUUCUUCCGCGUAUAUGCCCAGAAUCGCUAUGGCAACAGCGAGCCACUUGAACAGAUCUCACCUAUCCUCAUCAAGAGCCAAUUGGAAAACCCAUCACCGCCUCAGGCAAUAGUUGUUUCUGGAAUCACCAAGGACUCCUGUGUGGUUUGCUGGAAACCUCCACUCAGUGACGGUGGCUCCAAAAUCAAAAGCUAUUGCCUUGAGAAGAAGCAAAAGAAGGAUAAGAAGGAAUGGGGUGAAUGGACACCUGUGACUACGGAUGAGAUCAAACAGACAGUCUUCUCUGUCAAACAUUUGUCAGAGGGCAUUGAAUAUGUAUUCCGGGUGAAAUGCGAGAACCUUGGAGGAGAAAGCGACUACAGUGAGGAAAGCUCUUCCAUUGUUCCUGCCACAGCUGUUGAUGUUCAAGCACCAGCCUUUAAGGAGGAGCUGAGGAACAUGAGUGUCAAAUACAAGAGCAAUGCUACACUUGUCUGUAAAAUCACAGGUCAGCCCAAACCAGUAAUUAAAUGGUUCAGACGAGGAAAAGAAAUCCAUGCGGAUGAAAAGAAGAUCAAAAUUCAAGAAUUCAAGGGAGGUUACCACCAACUCGUCAUCGCUGAGGUUGAUGAGGAAGACUCUACUGUGUACCAGAUCAGGGCCACCAAUCAAGGAGGUUCCAUCUGUGCCACGAUCUCUCUGGAUGUCGAAAUUCCUGCAACGAUCCACCUUCCCAAGAAUCUGAAGGACAAAGAAGCAAUUCCUGCCCUGCGUGGAGAAAUGGUCAAUAUUAAGAUACCUUUUGGUGGCAAACCUGAUCCUGUCAUCACAUGGCAGAAGGGGCAAGAUCUCAUAGAUAGCAAUGGCCACUACCAGGUCAUUGUCACACGCUCAUUCACUUCUUUGGUGUUCCCUCACGGCGUGGAGAAGAAGGAUGCUGGAUUUUACAUCGUCUGUGCUAAAAACAGAUUUGGAAUUGAUCAGCAGACAGUUGAGUUGGAUGUGGCAGAUGUCCCUGAUCCUCCCCGUGGUCUUAAAGCCAGUGAUAUCUCUCGAGACUCUGUCACACUUAACUGGGUUGCCCCAGCAAAUGAUGGCGGCAGCAAGGUUAUCAGUUAUAUUAUUGAAAAAUGCCCCACCACAGCUGAGAGGUGGGAGCGAGUUGCUCAAUCUCGUGACAGCCGCUACACUGUUAUCAAUCUUUUUGGAGGAACCAGCUAUCAGUUUAGAGUCAUUGCUAAGAACAAGUUUGGAAAGAGUUCCCCGUCUGAGACCAGCGGACCUGUCAUGACAAAGGAGGACAAAUCCAGAGUUCUUCUCUAUGACAGGGAGGUUGACGAUAUGGGGCGUGUUCCCAAAAGCAAAGCCCAACACUCUGAUGCAAAGAAUCUCUGUAACAAAUUCUCGAUUGCAGAGGAACUGGGAAGAGGCCAGUUUGGUAUUGUCCACCGCUGUGUGAACAUCAGCUCUGAGAAGACCUAUAUGGCCAAAUUUGUCAAAGUCAGAGGUGCUGAUCAGGCUGUAGUCAAGAAGGAAAUUGCCACACUGAACCUGGCUAAGCACACAAACUUCCUACUUCUUCAUGAGUCAUUCGACAGCCCAGAGGAGCUGGUCAUGAUCUAUGACUUUAUCUCUGGUGUCGACAUCUUUGAACGUCUAACCACAUCAGAUUUUGAGCUAAAUGAGCAAGAAAUUGUCAAUUAUAUUCGGCAGAUCUGCUCAGCUCUUGAGUUCCUGCAUGGACACAGCUAUGGACAUUUUGAUAUUAGACCUGAGAAUAUUGUGUACACAACAAGAACCAGCUCAAACGUAAAAAUCAUUGAGUUGGGCCAGUCUAGACACCUGACGCCUGGAGACCAAAUCAGGAUUCAGUACACGACUGCAGAGUAUGCUGCCCCUGAGAUCCACCAGGGUGACAUGGUUAGCACUGUGACUGACAUGUGGUCAGUUGGCGUCUUAGCUUAUGUGCUCCUCUGUGGACUAAAUCCAUUCACCGCUGAAACCAACCAGCAGAUGAUUGACAACAUUUCAAAUGCAGCCUACAGCUAUGAUGACGAGUGUUUCAAGCAGGUCAGUGUAGAAGCAUUAGAUUUCACAGACCGCUUAAUGACAAAGGAACGUAAACAUCGCAUGACUGCUACCGAGGCGCUGGUGCAUCCAUGGCUGUCCAUGCCUGCAGAAAAUCUGAGCACCAGAACCAUCCAGAGCACUAGACACAAGCGAUACUACCAGACAAUGGCAAAGAAGGAAUGGAGCACUACGGUGUCUGCAGCUCGAGUGGCCAGUGGGGGCUCAAUUCGGUCCCAGCGUGGUGUGUUGAUGGCCAAGGUGAAGAUUGCUCCAUUUGAACAUGGACCUGUCGCUGGUCAGAUUAGACAUUCGGUGUCAGGCGAGGGUGACAGUGUGAAGUUCAUCUGCAAUAUUGACAACUAUGACAGUACCACUGAAGUCACCUGGUAUUGUGGUGUCAGGCAACUGGAAGCAAGUGAAAAGUACAAAAUCCAAUAUGAGGAUGGCCUGGCUGUGAUCACAAUCACCAAGGUGACAAGAGCUGAUGAUGGCACUUAUAGGUGCAAAGUUGUCAAUGAGUAUGGUGAGGACAGUGCUUACGCAGAGUUGUUUGUCAAAGGUGUCAGGUCAUUCCGUGACUUCUUUACUACCCGUGUGGUCAAGAGGACAAAGCGUCGAAUUGAUACUGCCAGAAUGCUUCAGAAGCCCCCAGAGUUCACUUUUCCUCUGAUUAACCAUACUGCAUACACUGGAGAAGAUGUGCGUUUCAGUGUCACCAUCACUGUUCACCCUGAUCCCCGUGUCACGUGGCACAAAUCUGGACAAAAGCUGAUCCCUGGAGAGGAAGACAAAAAGUAUACCUUCAUCGUUGACAAAGGCCUGUAUCAGCUCAUUAUCCACAGUGUCGAUGAUAACGAUGAUGCUGAAUACAGCGUUGUAGCUCGCAACAGGUUUGGUGACGACAGCUGCAAGGCCCGUCUGACGGUGAUUCCUCGACCAAAACCGGCAGAUCUCACCCUAAGGCCCAUGUUCAAACGUCUUCUUGCCAACAUUGAGUGUAGGGAGGGCCAGAAUGUUCGCUUUGAGAUCAGAGUUUCGGGCCAUCCCACACUAAAGUGGGAAAAGGAUGGCACACCAAUAGCCUUUGGACCAUCGAUUGAACUUGUCCACGAAGGCUUGGAUUAUUUCAUUCUUCACGUGAGAGACACAUUACCUGAAGAUUCUGGUGUAUACAGAGUAACUGCAACCAAUUCUGCCGGAUCUGCCAGUUGCCAAGCAACACUCAAAGUGGAACGAGUUUCUCAUGUAAAGAGAGAUUAUGAGGGCAGUCAAAAGGAGCAUAAAAGUGAGUCUCAAAAGGAGGUAUUAGACAAAAAGGUGAGGUUGUAUCAGAUUUUGUCUGACACCGUUGUCAUACCAUUACCACCUGCCGCAGUACAAGCUGUCAGGGAAGCAGCGACCAUGUUUAAGCCUGCUGUGACGACUAAAAAGAGUGAAAAGGGUGAGGCUGAAAUACAGAAAGAAAAAGAGGAGAGAAAAAAACGGGCUGAUGAGAAAAGACUGCGUAUGCCAUACGAUGUGCCCACGCCACGUGUCAUGAACCCGGCAGUGCUAGAAGAGGAUGUCAAAAUCAAACACUUCAAGCCACUCUCAGACAUGAAGUGGUACAAGAAGCUUAGGGAUCAAUAUGAAUUCCCAGACCCAAAGGAGAAAAUCAAGCAGAAAAGGAUGAAACGUAUUCGUCUCUCCAGGUGGGAGCAGUUCUACGAAGUUCCUAUCAGGAUCAAAGACCAGUACAAGCCAAGGUGGCAUAUCCCAUCCAUGACUCAGGAUGAUUUAGAGAUGGUGAGACCAUCAAGACACCGUGCAAUUUCUCCAGAGAUAGAUAUCUACCACAGGAUUAGAAGAAGGUCACUGGGUGAUCUGUCAGAUGAGGAGCUGCUACUGCCUGUUAAUGAGUAUCUGUCCAUGAAGAGAACUGAGGAGGAGAGGCUUCGCCUGGAGGGAGAGCUGGAGCUCGGGUACUCUGCUUCCCCGCCCAGCCUCAGCCCCGUUCGCUUUGCCCUAUCAUCACUGCGUCCUUCAUCACCUGUAAGAGUCUACAGUGAUGAUGAGGAGACAGAGGUUUUGCAAAGAUACGAUUCAUACCGAAUUCCAUCCAAAUAUGAGGCCGGGCCAAGCUUUGUUGAACUGCGGCAGCGCCAUGACAAAGCCACAUACAAACCUCCCAGACAGAAGCAAAGAGUGUACGAGGAGAGAGAAGAUCAGGAGUUACUGCGACCUCACAUCACUAGUCAAAGAAUCGCCUCCUACAAGAGUGAACUCAAGCGCAUGGAGUGUGAGGAGAAGACUCGUAAUUUGAAGCAGGAAACAGUCAUCAGUGUCACAAAAGCUUUGGAGGAUAUUGAGUCAGAGCAUCUGACUAUUUUGGCUUCUGAAUAUAUUCCUAAACCCAUUAAGAAGCUCCCGAGACCUGACAUAGAGAGGAAAGCUCCUUCCUCAGAAAAGGCUGUCAAAACAGAGAUGCCCUUGCCCAGAGUAAAUUUUCUGUCCAGGUAUGAGGAGAGAAAGCGGACUCUCAGGUCAGAGCGGAGAUCUGUGGAGAGGACAUCAGAGGGUCCUUUAAGCCUUGACCACAUCCCACGCAUUAGCAUCCGAUUGCGAUCUCAUCGUGUUCCCUAUUGUUCUAAUGCAAACUUCACCCUCAAUGUCCAGGCCAAGCCAGAGCCCAGUGUUGAGUGGUUUCACAAUGGAAGAGAGAUAAAACCAAGCAGCAAACACCACAUGAGCAACAUCAGUGGACUUCUGACACUCCAGAUCAACAAUUGUAUGACUGAUGACGCAGGAACAUACUCUGUGGUGUGCAGGAACAUCAAAGGAGAGACUUCAGACAGUGCCACGUUGGAUGUGGCAGCAGAAUAUCCUCCCUUCACUUGCAUCCAUCGAGACGAGGAACCGCCAUUCUCCCAUCUUCCAGAUCCGACCAAAACGGAGGUGUACCACAUCUCUUCAGAAGCAGUCAAGGAAACGGUGCCUGCAAUGGCGACAAAGGAAAUUGCCAUUGUUGAAAAAGAAAAGGCAAAGCCUAUGGUGUUAGCAAAGAUCCUGACCAAACCACAGUCUCUGAGUGUUGAGGAGGGAGCUUUUGCCAGAUUCUCAUGUGAAGUAGACGGUGAUCCGACACCUUCCAUAUUGUGGCUUCAUGAGGGAGCGACUCUGGGCUCUUCUAGCCGUCACCACAUUGUCUCUACGCAGCACACCUCCUCUUUGGAAAUUUUUUCUGUUCAGAUGUCUGAUGAAGGAAACUAUGCUUUGAUUGUGGAAAAUGCUGUUGGAAAACAAGAAGCCCAUUUUAUGCUGAACAUUCGCAAGUCUGAGUCCAAGCCGGAAGUUGUGGUCUCUCCUAGAGUCACCUCUCCUGAUGCCAAGUCCCCUGAACCUGUCAAAACCCCACAAAGAAUCAAAUCUCCAGAACCAAUCCAAUCACCUCUGAGGGUCAAGUCACCAGUCUCACCAAAGUCUCCCACAGCAAAAUCCCCACCUCCAACCAUCAGUCAAACCAAAUCCGCAAAGAGAGUCACAUCACCCACUGUGGGAAAGAAGUCACCUACUUCCAUGGACUUGGAACAGCUCAAAUGCGGAACACCACCUCACUUCUUGUCGCAACCCCGAUCGUUGAAUGUGGAAGAGGGACAAAGUGUUAAAUUCACAUGUGAGAUAGCAGGCGAGCCUUUCCCAGACGUGGAGUGGUUUAAAGACAACCUGACUUUAUCAGGCACAUCCAAUGUGAGAAUGAACUGGAUCAACAGUGUAUAUACUCUGGAGAUAUGUAAAGCAAAGCUGGCAGACAGCGGUAAAUACACCAUCAAGGCCAAAAACCAGCUCGGCCAGUGCUCCGCCACGUCCUCCCUCAAUGUCUUCACCGGUAUUGAGGAAGAAACACGAACAAUGAUGAGGGUGGAACAAAAAGCCGGAGCUUUCUCAGCCUAUUCUGCUCAUAUGAAGGCAUCGUCUAGGCAGGCUGCCACUUUCAGCUCCAUUGAGAGCAUGUCCGAGACCGGCAAUCAAAUUACGCAAAUGUGUGAUCGAUCACAUGUGGAAGCUUCUUCCUCCUCCUCCAGCUUCUCCUCCUCCUCACAGAGGAGCCUUGUGAGUGUGAUGAAAACAGGUGCGCCACCUCAGGUCACAGCUCUUCCAGAAAACAUCAAAGUCGCAGUUGGAACAUCCCUGAUGGUGACAGGGACCUUCUCUGGAGACCCCACACCAUCCGUGCAGUGGCUGCACUCAGACCAGAUGCUUCCUGACGGGGACAACCGUCACCACGUAGAUAAUACGGCUGACAUUUCCACACUGGUGAUUGCCGCGGUGAAGGAGAAUGAUGGUGGAGUGUACACACUUCGAGUUUCCAACCAACUUGGCUCAGCCUCUGCGACUGUCAACGUUCACAUCCAAUCAAUGUAAAAAAAGAAAAAAAAUAAGAAAAUUGAUCAAACUUGGAUGUAGACGUCUCUGAAACACCCGCCCCCAAUUUCCCACAUUGCUAAUCUAAUGUUAAGUGAAUCAGCAACAAGAAUAGACAGAUUUAUUUUCUUGUACAUAGGAACUAUUGUUUUUUCGUACCAAAGUUGACAUCAAUUGAUUGCCAACGUCAAGUCUCCAACCGCUAUACUUUUGCAGUGACAUGUACAUAAUGUAUAUAGCCGGAUUUAACGGUUAUGGGGAAUGCAUGCAUUGUUAUUUAUGACAAUUAUAUGAAGUGAAAUAAGGAAACCAAAAUGUUGAUGAACAGGAGAAAGUUCCUUGUGGAACGAAUACCCUGCUAAACGUAGAAACAAAUACUAUGUGCCUCCACGCUAAGUUGAUGUUUAAGAUUGCCUCAGCAGGUAGAGCGUCUCCCUGUUGAAGUUUACUCAACACCAAAAACAAGCCUUGUUGUUUUGGACAUGUGUCGCGAUGAUGAUUUACCGCGAACACAAGACCCUGAGUGCUGCUUGCAUCACCCUCACGUAAGCAGCAUGACGAGGUCUUGCGUUCAGACUGACUGCGUCGUAUCACCAAUUUAUUUGAUGACCACCUGAGAGUGUGAGUGGCCUGCACUCUCAUAUUUGACGUAGGAGCGCUGCUUCUGGUACCGGACGGUCCCUUGGACUUUCCAUACAUUCACCUGGCCAGAAAAAAAAAACCAAAAAACAAAACAAAACCAAAAAACAAUUUCUGGGAGUGUCAGCUGUGCAGAAGCAGUGCUAUCUCCUGGAGGAUUGCUCAUUAGUGUGUUUGUGUGUACUGUAGUCUGUAGUCAGUGUUAAUUUCUUUGCUACAGCGAGUCCAUGUGCUGUGGUAGGAAGGUUUUCUUUCAUUCUCCUUGAGUGUUUAUUUUUUUUUUUUUGUUCUAAUAAAGCAUGAUUUCA